UGCAGAAUUUUUCGAGGACUUGGUGAUCAUUUGAAAAAUAAUUCUUGAAGAAGUGGGUUUCAGUCAUGGGUUCCAAUCAAUUUACGUUUUUUUGUGAUAAAGACCCCAUGCAUUUUUCUUUAUUUCUAAAAAUCGUUUAAUCCAUUGGAAAUUCUACGAAUUUUCGACUGUCCACCCCGAAGACAUUAGAUUUUCCAAAUUUUUAUUGUGAAUUAAAUCGAAAAGAGAACUCCAAAGUUGAUAAAAAAAAUAGUGAAGUUCUCGUAGACUUUUCGCGGAGAAAAAUUCGUGUUUUUACCAGAUUUUACUAUUACAUCAUUUCUCCAGUCAUUUCUCUCUGAUAUUCCGUGGAGAUUUGUUUACCUGGAGUGAAUUCCCAUGACGACAUCCCCGAAGAGAAGCCCCCUGGAGAGGGCGAACAUCAUCAGCAAGCUCUUCUUCUGGUGGACUGUAGAAAUUUUUCGAAAGGGUGCGAAAAAGGAUCUCUCCAUGGAGGACAUCUAUGAUCCCAUCGACGAAGACAUCUCCGAGAGUUUGGCUAAUCGGCUGGAGUCGGCGUGGCUGGUGGAGCUGAAAAAGCUCAAGCACAUCGAGUACAAGGUCGACGACGAUGGGAACAAGAGGACGACAUCCCCGAGGCCGAGUCUUACGAGUGCAAUAUUUCGAGCAUUCUGGCCGAAUUUCGUCUGGAACAGUGCAUUGCUUUUGAUUCAAGGCGCCAUCCUGAAGGCCAUUCAGCCAGUUUUCCAGGGUUAUGUCAUUAAACAUUUCGGCACCGGGGAAGACCUUCCAAAUCGGGACGAAGCCCUCCUCUGGGCGACUGCAUUAAUCGUCACCACCAUUAUCGCAACGUUCAUCCAGCAUCACACCAAUCUUGAGACACUGCGAAUUGGAAUGCAAGUCCGGGUGGCAUGCUCCUCACUUCUCUACCGAAAAAGCCUGAAACUCAGUAAAGCAUCGCUGGACAAGACAACAGCUGGCCAGGUCGUCAACAUCCUCAGCAACGACGUCAGUCGUUUUGAUCAGCUCCCCAUGUACCUCCCUCAUAUCUUCGUCAUGCCGAUACAGAUCGUUAUCAUCUGUGUAAUAAUGUGGACGAGGAUUGGAAUCUCGACUCUGGUAGGUCUGGCUUGUCUCCUGAUAAUGACGAUUCCCCUGCAGGUGUUCAUUUCGAAAAUGGGGGGUCGAUUGAGAUCGAAAAUAGCGAGACUGACUGACAGGCGAGUGCAACUGAUGAACGAAUUAAUCGCAGGAAUUCAAGUGAUAAAAACGUACGCCUGGGAAAAACCAUUCAAUAAAAUCGUCUCCAUAACGAGGAGAGCGGAGAUCCAGAAGAUAAAGGCGUCCUCGUACUUGCGAGCUCUUUACCUGGGGCUUAUGGUUAUCACGGAAAGAACAACACUCUUCUCCGCGGUUGUGUCUUUUGUCUUGCUGAAGAACACGAUGACAGCUGAGGUGACUUUCCAGCUGGCCACUUAUUUCAACGUGCUCCAGCUCGCCUGCACAGUCCUGUUCCCCCAGGCUCUGAUCAUGGGAUAUGAGGCUCUGAUCUCCAUCCGAAGGCUCGAGAAUUUUCUUCUGUUAGAUGAGAUCGAUUAUCCCUCGGGGAAUGCAGAAAUGGGGAAAAAUGAUGAGCACCUGGAGAAAAUACUUCCCCCCAAGGGGCCAGUGGCCAUCGAUCUGCAUCAGGUGUCGGCGAACUGGGUGACUGGACAAUUGCCACCAACUCUGUGCAACGUCUCGAUGAAGAUAGAGGGUGGAAAGCUGUGCACUCUGGUGGGGCAUGUAGGUUCGGGGAAGUCCUCUUUACUCAAUCUCCUUUUGAACGAAUUGCCUGUUGGAGCAGGUACAGUCUGUCUCUCCCAGUACAGUGGCUCCAACGGCCUCAAACCUGGGGAUGUCCGUGGAUUCUUCAAGGACAACCUGGAUAUGAAAAUUUCUUUCGCCAGUCAGGAUGCCUGGCUCUUUUCAGGCACCUUGAGGGAGAAUAUCCUCUUCGGACAGACGUAUGACAGCAUUAGGUAUCAAGAAGUGACAAGGGUCUGCUCUCUGUUGAGGGAUUUCAAGCAGCUGCCCUACGGGGACAUGACAGUGGUGGGAGAGCGGGGGAUGUCUCUGUCUGGAGGGCAGAGGGCCAGGGUAAACCUGGCCAGGGCAAUAUAUCGACAGGCUGACCUCUACCUCCUGGAUGAUCCCCUCAGUGCAGUUGACGCUCGAGUAGCUCGUCGUCUCUUCAAGGACUGCAUCGCUGGCUUUCUGAAAGGAAAAACUCGCAUCCUCGUGACACAUCAACUUCAUUUUCUUAAACAAGCUGAUGUCAUCGUCGUCCUGGAGAAGGGCUCGGUGAAGUGCCAGGGGGCCUUCGACGACCUCUCCAGUGCCAGCAAAGACUUCAAGCAGAUGCUGAAUCAACUUCAGAAGGACGAGGAACAGGUGAAGACAGGGGAAUCGGAGGAAUCUGGAGAUCACCCUGAGGAUUUCGAUGCUGGAAAAUUGGGGAUUCGCCAGAGGAGCGUCAGACAUGGGAGACCCUCGCAGUUAAGCUCGGGGAGAUCCUCACUAAGAUCUGUCGAGAGUUAUAGUUUCGCGUAUGAUGACGAAAACACCCCUGCGGCUGAUGGAGCCAAAAAAAACGCAGAGGGCAUGUCGACAGGGCAUUUAUCCACGAAAGUGUACACGAGAUAUUUUCGGGCAGGCAGUGCAAUCCUCACGCUGACAGUUCUCAUCCUGAUUUUCCUCUUGGGACAGGUUGCCACCACUGGUGCAGACCUCUGGAUUGCCUACUGGACGAAUGUCGAGGUAAUCAGAGCAGCCUUCCAUGAGUCUGGUGGGGAUUACAGGGCCAUGAGACCGGAUUAUCUGAGAUUCUUCAACACCUCCGUGUGGAGCUACUUUUCUCUCCUCGACGACGAUGGACUUCUGGCCACAGAGUACGCCAUUUACAUCUACACAUUUUUUAUAGUGUGUUGCAUUAUUCUCGUCAUGUAUCGGAGUAUUAUCUUUAUGACGGCCUGCAUGAAGAGCAGCAGGGAGCUGCAUGGAUUUAUGUUCGGCAAUGUCCUUGGAGCAUCGAUGCUGUUUUUCAAUACCAAUCCCUCUGGACGAAUUUUGAACAGAUUCUCAAAGGAUAUCGGAGCCAUUGACGAGCUCCUCCCCAGAGCAGUGCUGGAGUCUAUCCAAAUAUUUCUCAUAAUGAUCAGCAUCAUAUUAAUGGUUAUAUCUGUUAAUUAUUGGAUGGUAAUUCCAACAAUUGUCGUGAUGAUUCUGUUUUACUUUAUCCGGGGAUUUUUCCUGGGGUCAGCGCAGGAUAUUAAACGAUUGGAGGGCAUCGCCAAGAGUCCAGUGUUCUCCCACGUUGCAACAACGAUGAAUGGACUGACAACGAUUAGAAGUCGUGGGGUUGACGUCCAGGUGAUGCUGAGACAAGAAUUCGAUAAGCACCAGGAUCUGCACACGGGCUCGUGGUAUUUGAUAUUAGCAACAAAUUCAGCAUUUGGUCUCAUUCUCGAUUUAAUAUCUUGUUUGUUCAUCGCCUGCGUGUGUUAUUCCCUCAUUCUCAUGGAUGACGGAAAUACUAUGGGAGGAUCGGUUGGUCUGGCGAUCUCUCAAUCCCUGAUCCUCACAGGAAUGCUGCAGUACGGUGUGAGACAGAGUACAGAGGUCCAGUCUCAGAUGACAGCAGUGGAACGAGUCCUGGAGUACAGCGAUCUUCCCCAGGAGGGAUCCGAUGAUCCAACAGGUCCUCCUCCACCGAACUGGCCUUCAGCUGGUAGAAUUCACUUCAGGAAUGUCUUCAUGAGUUAUAUGAAAGACGAACCGGCUGUCCUGAAGAAUCUAAACUUAAUAAUCGAGCCUGGCUGGAAAGUGGGAGUCGUGGGUCGCACUGGAGCUGGCAAAUCCUCACUGAUUCAGGCCCUCUUCCGUCUGACAGGGGAGGGUCUUCAGGGAGAAAUUCUCAUCGACGGGAAAGACACCAAAUCCAUCAGUCUCUCUCACCUUCGCUCCAGUAUUUCCAUCAUCCCCCAGGAGCCAGUCCUUUUUUCAGAGAGUCUCAGGUACAAUCUGGAUCCAUUCGAGAAAUACCCAGACGACUCCCUGUGGAGGGUUCUGAACGAGGUGGAGUUGACAGGAGUGACCCUAGACCAAAUGGUUACCGAGGGUGGAACGAACUUCAGCGUUGGCCAGAGGCAACUCAUCUGCCUCGCGAGAGCUAUUCUAAGGAAUACGAAAAUUCUCGUCCUAGAUGAGGCAACAGCCAACAUCGACACUUACACUGACGAAUUAAUUCAGCACACGAUCAGAACAAAAUUUUCCGACUGCACAGUAAUCACGAUAGCCCAUCGCCUGAACACAAUAAUCGACAGUGAUCGAGUGGUCGUGAUGGAGGGAGGUCGAAUGAUGGAGUAUGCCAGUCCCUAUCAGCUGCUCACCCAGAGUCCCCCAAGUCAAUUUUCUAAAAUGGUCGACGAAACUGGCAGCGCGAUGGCGAAUAAACUCCUGGAGAUGGCCUCUGCCUGCUACCAUCAACAAGCAUUUCACCAGAGAAAUCGACGUCGCAGUGACAUAUCACAGAGUAUUGACUUGUAACCAGAAACAUCCAAUUAAUUUAACUACUUCAAUAAUUACGAAUUUGAAACAUUAAUUGAUAAAAAUUAAUGAUCCUUAGGUAUUA